AUGAAACAGGAGUCCAUUAAGAUGAAUGGUUUUCCUUUAGCCUUGCAGUUGCUUGUUGUUUUGCCUAAACUUGAUGCUAAUGAAAUUGGCGAAGAAUUUCAUGGUUAUUGGGAUGAUGAGGUCCAAGAGAGAACGAUUGUAUAUCUUGAGGGGUUAAUCAAUACUGGUCAUGUUUUUAAGAAUGAUGUGUGGCAUGGUGGAGAUGAUUCUUCAGUAUUAUACAUUCACAAGGUUAAAGAACAUGUUGCUGCGAGAGCCGGACACAAGAAACACGUUUUGUCAAGGAAACCAGAGUGUGGCCGAAUCUUAAAGGACUCUGAUUUUGAGAACACUGAUGCUGAUGAAGGAGAAUCCUCUGGUUUGAAAAGGAAGAGAGUGGUGCAGACUAAUCGAAAGGUGAAAAGAAAAAAAGAGCGACAUUCUAGCCGGAAGCAACAAACGAUACAAAAAUUUAUGAUAAGAGAGGGUCAUGCCACUGUAAGUGAAUUGAAAAAAUGGAUGGAAUCAAAGAUUGAAGUGUUUGUUUCUGCGUACAAAGAGGAGAAUAAGUUGUUGUAUGAACGAAUUUCAAAGGCUGAGAAGGAACUAAAAGAGUUGAGGAGGAAUAGAGUUGUUAAAAGAUCCAGAAGAAGGUUGAAUUUUGGAAGAAAGGCGAAAGCAACUAAAAAGAAAAAGUACUCUAAAUCAAAGUCUGGUGGAGACGUUAUUGAAGAGGAUAAUGUGCAUGAAGCAGAAGCAUCUCUGAAAGCCGUUUUUUCUCUUGUUUAUACUAAGAACCUAAAUACAAGAAGAUCUGGAAGUGGAAAUGGUUCUGCAAAGAAUAAUACGGAGGAAACGUAUUGUGGUCAGUCACCAGUGGAUGAGAGUGAAUAUGAAAAUGGCACUGAUGAUAAGCUGGAUCCCAUGGAAGAAGAUGUGAAGGUAAAAGCAAUAAAGGAUGAUGGCCAAGAAUCCAUGGAUACUAUUUUAGAUGGUGGUCAGGCAGCAGCGGAUAGGGAUGAUAAUUUGACCACACAAAAACCAGAUGAUACGGUGGCGAUUUGCAGCUUCAGUCAUCAGAUGGUUGUAGAUGGUGGUCGAAGAUCCGUGGAUAAAGAUGUUAAUUUGACCACACAAAGACAGGAUGAUAUUGUGGAUGAGUUGCAAAUUCAGUCAUCAAAUGGUGAACCUAUGGAUGAGAUUGUAGAUGGUGGUCGAGAAGUCGUGGAUAAGGUGACGUUGUAUAAGAAUGAGUCAGAAAUUAAGUCAUCAAAUGUUGAACCUAUUGAUAUUGGUUGUCAACAGUUGAAUAUCGUAGUUAAGAACAAGGAGGACCUGGUGCAAUCUUCGAAAUCUACCAAAAGACAUGUAGAGGACACGCCAACUUACUCUGUAGAACACAUGGAGCUAGUUAAAGUGUUGGCAAUUAGGCCGAAACAAGCAUCAAAUGACUUACUCCCUGUUUUUUGUCAGUUGGAGUGGGAGUUGUUUGAGAGAACAAUGCUUGCGAAUCCAGCCAUGUAA